UACCAACCAACACCCAACAAAGGAUGUUUUCAGCCAGCAGGUAGCAAGGGAAUGUACCAGUCAUCUGGAGGUAAAGGAUGCUAUCAACCCACUGCUGGCAAAGGAUGUUACCAACCUACUAAUGACAAAGGAUGUUACCAACCAACCAGUGAUAAAGGGUGAGCAUCAGUUGCGUGAAGCAGCACAAACUUGUUGCCCUUAUCUACUUUGAGCUUAGAUGAUAUUUGGAGCUUGGCUACUUUGAGCUGACAAUCAUGUGUGUUUGCUCCAGUUACAUGUAACACACUGAUUGGCAUUUGCAGGCUGUUUUCGUUAGUCUCAAGUCUGCCAUGAUUUAUGUUUUUUAUUUUAUUUUUUGUAGUAAAAUGGAAUGUUUAUAAAGAGAAAUUUAUAACAUUAGAGGUAUAUAUGUUUAGGAAGAUUUAAUUGAAUUUGUGAAAAGUAUGCUGAAGCAUCAAAAGUAUUCAGACAAUGAAAGCACAUUUGUUGUGCCAUAGGAGCUGUAGUAUGUGUUUUUCUUUUAAGUAACAUUACUUAAAUCAGGUAUCAUUCAAAAAUCUAUGUAAUUUCAUAUAUUACUAAAGUGAAAAUGUUUUAUAUCCUGCAGGUCAUUGUCAUUUCGAUUGUAUAUAAAUUCUUAUUUUACCUCAUUUGGAAGUUGUUCUAUAGAACAUAACAUCAUUUACAUUAUAAUUUUAAGAAUUACAAUUAAUUAAAGCUUUUUCAUCAUUGUAAGUGAAUUCUCACCCAUUAUUACAUUUCUUAUUUAAUGACAUUUUUCCUUUUUAAAUAAGUCUGACUGCUUUUGAUUUUACAAAAAGAGCAUGUACCUUUACCUUUCAUGUGUUUUAGAAAAUAAGAAUGUGGUAGUGUCUAAGAAAGAAUAAAAAGGAGAAUAAAUACCAGAACUUGACAAGAGAGGUGUAUAGGAUGCGAAAGAUUUAUUUGUAAUCUCCCUAAUCUUGGUAAAUUUUAAUGAUUGUUAAAAGGUUUAUGAUGGACUCGUCUGUAAGAACUGGAACAAUCUUGGAAAGAUAUUGCAAGAGUGUAUAAGGCUAUGAGUAAUACUCAUUAGAGUCAAAUUGUAAUAGUUAUUGGCAGUGCGGUGACGUGUAUGAUUAUAGAAAUGGAUUUUUCUUCUAGAAACUUAAUUGUGAAUUUUAUCUGUCUAUGAAUUGUAUUUUUUGUAUGAAUUUAAUUUCAUUUUAUAAGUUGUGUUUGUAAUUCUCUGAAAUCAUGUAAAAUCUUCCUUGGGAAAUUAUUUUAAUUUUUAAAGGCAAUAGUCUGUAUUGACAACAUGUUCAAGUCGUGCAUCAUCAGCAUUGAGGCUAGAGAUCUGAAUCAAUAUUAAUUUCUUACUUUGUCAUGAGUUUUUUGACAUUCAUUUUAUGUUAACUUGACAUUAGCUUGAAAUAUGUAAGUCUACAUUGGCUGAUCUUGUCCAAUAUUGUGAGGUAUGAUUGUUCUUGUGAAUGAUGGUGUCCCAUUGAAGAAUUGAUUAAUUUAAGAAAAUAUUUGAAGGUUGUGCAUGAUUUUUCAAGGAGAGUUGGGGCUUAUAAAUAUGUGUAGUAUGAGUGAAUAUAUAUGGAGUGUAUAAUGUUUCCCGCAGUGGAAUUGGUAAUAAAUUACUGUAAUACAAUAUAUGACACUGCUGGUGAUGGUUUCUUUGGUAAUUUUUUAGAUGUAAGGUUUAUCUGGGAGUAUUCUAAUACAAUUUAGGUGCUUUGAUAUUUGAAAGAGAGAAAAAUCUUUAAAAGAAGAAAUACCAAACAAUGGUUGAGUUAAAAAAAUCAAGGGUUAAUGCAGUUUUUUUGUUUGUUUUUUUAAUCUUUGAAUUAUGUUUUCAAUUCUGCCAACCCGAAAUGAUCGUAGAUCGAAAAUUAGCUCAUUUAUAAAAUACGACCCAAUUUGAAUUAAUUUUAGACACAUUUGUGAAUAUCAAUAGCAGAAAUAAUAGUGUUAAUUUCGUAAUGUGUAGUUUGCGUGGCGAUUUCUGAAAGGACAAGGUAAAUCAUAUGUUUUUGUGACGGGAACUGUAAAAACCCGAACCGGUGAGACGCUUGCCUCUAUCUCUUAUAGCCAUUUUUGAUUUCGUUUGAAACCAUGUAUGUUGCAUUCGAAUUUUAUACCAUUUGUAUCCUUUACAAUAAUGUGACUUAUGUUAAUUUUUUAUAAAUAAAGCAUAUUAUUAAAAUAAUGAAAUUGUGAGACUUUCGUUUCAAGUUUUCUGGGCCUUUGAAAGUCGAGAAAAAUACAACGGUACUUUUUUUUUAUGUUUGUAACCACUUGGCCAAACCUUCUAGCGCUGCGCUUUUGUUUGAUUUUAUUUGGUCAACAUACGAUUCGAGUUUUCUCGAACUUCGAUCGAUAUAAAGAAGUAGUAAACAAGUGUUGCUACAUCAUAACCUCGCAAUGGACGAUUGGUGUCAAGUGUUGUGAAUUGUGGAACAUAAUUUUUUUUUUUAAAAAAUUAAUGCUGGGUAGAGAAAUUAGAGGGUGGCUGGACGUUGAUUGAAUCGAACGCGGGUAUGGCGGCUAGCUCAAACCCAGCGUGUGCAGUUCCCAACCAGAUGCAAAUGGGCCAGGGUCAGCCCGUGGCCGAGGUGAAACUGUUACUCGCUCCGAAGCCUUUGAUGUAUCCACACCUCACACAGGAAGGACUCCCAGGGGAUGUCCAGGUCAGCAAACCUGAUGCCACGACCCUAUUCUGGGUGAAGCCAGAGCAGGGUUGUGGUGGCCAAGCUUUGUUGACCCCUCAGAUACAAGAAGCAAUUCAACCUGUAAUACAUAGUCAGCAACCAUCAUCUUUACCAGCGCCCCCUCAACCUCAACAUCACCACCACCUUCAACACACCACACAACAGCCUCAACAGCCAGAACAACAGCAACCACAAGAACCACCCCCACGACAACAUCAGGUCUCUCCAUCGAAGAGCAAGGCAGGUGGUAAAGAGCGACCUCAGAGCAGCACCAAGAGCAGUGAUGGGAUUAGCCCGAUAACAACAUCGUCAAGAGGGAGUAGCUCACGUCGUAGGGACCAUUUAGAUGGGGAAUAUCGUUGCAAAGACUGUGGAAAACUCUUCUCUCAACCACACCAUUUGACUCGCCAUGUUCGCAUUCACACAGGUGAACAACCUUUUAAAUGUGACAUGUGUGGACGCACAUUUUCAGAUGAGAGUCAUCGCCUGCGUCACUUAAGGUCCCACAUUGGUGUCCGCAAACACCGCUGUGAGGAAUGUGGGAAGGAGUUCUUUGAGCAUAAUCAUCUUCUUCGUCACUACAAACGCCAUCGUGGUGAACGCCCUUGGCAUUGUACACAAUGUGAUAAAGCUUUCUGUGAGGAGAGCGGAUUGAAGAAGCACAUGCAGACACAUUCAACUGAACGGCCUUAUAAGUGCCAGUAUUGUGGAAGAGGAUUCUUGCAACCCAGUGAAUUAUCACGCCACACUACAUCGCACACAGGAAAUAAAAUGUUCAAAUGUGAUGUUUGUGAGAAAGCAUAUGCUCGUAGGUAUAGCUUAAGCAAACAUCUGCGCACUCACCUUAAGGAAGGGUCAUCUUCAUCAUCUUCCGAAUCCAAUCGAAGCUCUAGUAGUAGCCAGACCGUGUGGCCAAAUUUUCAGCAGCAGAGUCAGUGACAACGGUUGAACGUUUCUUUCAAUGGUCACAAGAUAAAGAGCAAUAGCAGGUGUGGCAACAGCUGCAGUAGCAGCAGUAGUGGAUCUGUUGCAUCAAUUCCAUAUUCAGAAUUCAGUUGCAGCAAAGCAAUAUGAUGUACAGGCCAGCAAGAAACUGUGCAGCUUUCUUAGUUGGUUAUUGGACAGUGCAACAGAAUUGAAAAGUCAUUACAUUUUUGUAUCAUGUGCCCUCCGGUAAAAUUCUGCAUUAAUGACAUUUCUUUGUACGGAUGUAAUCAACAUUUUUGAAUAAUUUUUUAUGUGAUCUAAUAUUUCAAAUAUUUUAUGAAUCUCAGGAAAUGCACCCACUCAAAUGGUAAUUUCAUCUAAUUGCUGGGUAGAGGCCUGGAAAAUAUAUUUACCUUGUUUCUGUUAUUAUUACCGUUAUAAUAAUAAUAAUUAUAAUUAGCCUUAUUUUUUUAUUGCUUAAAUUGAAGCAAGAAACAACUGUGCCAACUGUAUACUGAACAGUGUGAAUGCAUGUACUUCAUAUGCAAGCAAUGACAGCAAAAUGGACUGAGUAAUGAUAAUAUCCAUGAACAAUUCAAUAUCCACAAGGUUAUUUAUUCUGUACAAUAGUAUGUCUUCAUUUUCACUUUUAUACCAAAGAAAUCAUUUUUAAAUGUCUCUUGUAAUUUACUCCAUAAUAAAUCCUUUCCCUCAUUGCUGCAUUAUUUCUCACAUUUAAUUAUUUGAGACAUUUUGCACCUUCUGUAUUUUUUUCCAUACAUUCCCAUUAGUACAUUCCGAAGGUACCUGUGAGUGAGAGUUAUGGAGUUUUUCAGUUGAUUUUGUUGGCAUAGCUGUGAUGUGCUGUACAUGAAGUUUUCAUGAUUAUGGUCAAUGUGUAGAUUUCUCAUGCAGAUAACAUCUUGUAAUGAAUGUUUUAAUUCAUGUGGAGUGUAUAAGGUUCACGAAGCCUUCAUUUGUUAAUACUUGAGUAUGAUAAAAACAGCAGUUGCUGUUAAUUCAUUUAAUUUGUAUGGAAUAUGAAAAAAUGUUCUGUUCUACAGAAUUUGUUAUUUUAAUGGUUUUAGUGUUUGGCUUGUAUUUAGCGGUUUCUGUUGUUUGUCAGUUAAAGAAAUAUCCAUUCUGGUAUUGGGUAUUUAAUAGGUACAAAUGCAAUGCAUCUCUAAAAAGAAUCUGGAAGUUGGUACCUUUACUUUUUGUUCCAGCACGGUGAUGCACAACUCUUUUUAUGUAUAUGAACUACAUAUUUGUAUUGCCAAUAACACCAACGAAAGCGCUUUAACAAAACGGAAGUACAUUGUAUACUGUACACAGAUUGAAUGUGAUUGUCGCUAGGUUUUUAUGCCAUGAUUACAAUGGAAAAAACAAUUAUAAGCUUUUAUGAGUUCUUUAGUGCUGCCAUACAAAGACCCCCCCCCCCCCCCAUUAACACUUCCAAUGAUUAACCUGUUGCAAAUUGUUAAAAGAUUUUAUGCGUCUUAGUUGAACUGCCAGUCACAUUCUAUUAUUUGUGUAUGCACAGUGUGUACAGUAUAGACAUUCUCAGGUAUUUGAAGGAGAUGCAGGUCUAUAAAUAAACAGGAUAAGAUUACUUUUAACGCAUUGUCAUUCAAGAGCACUUGUUGAACGCAACCUAGAAUUUGUUGAUUAAGUAUUGUUCCAUUCGUUACACUGAAGAAAAGAACUUCCAGUUCAAUAUACAUGAACGUUUGUGAGAGUGGUAAUGGGGUAUGUAAAGAUGUGUGAAUAUCUUGAUUCUAACCCAAAUCGUGAAUACACUAGGAACACAGUUUCUCAUGCUGGGUUUUGAAUUGAGUACUGCAAUGUCAGAAAGAGUGAGAUGCCUUUCUUGUGGUAAUUUUAAUUUAAUUGUAAUUUUAUACCUUUCUGUAAAGUAUUUAUAUGCGUGGAGUGUGAUUUUUCUAACAAUAAAGAACCCAAUAAAGUAAACAUACCACUAAUAUUGUAUUUUUUCUUGACAUUGGAAAUGAAUACAUAAUUGAUCAGUAAAAGUUUGGAAACCAAUUCAUACAUCAUUCCAUACAGAGUAAUGGGGUAAACAUGUAUAAGACACUGUAUUGGUGCAUUUGUCUGUGAGUGUUCUUGUCAUUCUGAGGAAGGGGGAAGUUGGAAAGCUCAUUUUAUUUCCAACAAUGCAUAAAAAAGAUUAGUAAAUCUUUAUUAAAUGUGUUAAAACACUGGAAUGUGAUCAGAGUAAGUUUUUCCCCCUCCUAAACGGAUAAGUCCUGUUGUUUCUCAAAAAAAUAAAAUAAAAUAAAAA